CUCCUUCCUUCCUCCUCUUCUUCUUCAGUGUACUCUGCCUUUAUAACACCCUACUCCUCUCUCUCACCUCCACCAUCUAGCUCACUCACACAGUCUCCACUCACACGCAUUGCAGAGGAGAGGCGACAAUGGAGGGGAAGGAGGAGGACGUGCGGCUGGGGGCGAACAGGUACUCGGAGAGGCAGCCGAUAGGGACGGCGGCGCAGGGCGCCGGGGACGACAAGGACUACAAGGAGCCGCCGCCGGCGCCGCUGUUCGAGCCAGGGGAGCUCAAGUCGUGGUCUUUCUACCGGGCCGGGAUCGCCGAGUUCGUCGCCACCUUCCUCUUCCUCUACAUCACCAUCCUCACCGUCAUGGGGGUCUCCAAGUCCUCCUCCAAGUGCGCCACCGUCGGCAUCCAGGGCAUCGCCUGGUCCUUCGGAGGCAUGAUCUUCGCGCUCGUCUACUGCACCGCCGGCAUCUCCGGAGGACACAUCAACCCAGCAGUUACUUUUGGGCUGUUCUUGGCCAGGAAGCUGUCCCUGACCCGGGCCAUCUUCUACAUAGUGAUGCAAUGCCUAGGGGCCAUCUGCGGAGCUGGAGUUGUGAAGGGCUUCCAGCAGGGUCUGUACAUGGGCAAUGGCGGUGGUGCCAAUGUAGUUGCCAGUGGCUACACCAAGGGUGACGGUCUUGGUGCUGAGAUUGUUGGCACCUUCAUCCUGGUCUACACCGUCUUCUCAGCCACUGAUGCCAAGAGGAAUGCCAGGGACUCACAUGUUCCUAUCCUUGCCCCACUGCCAAUUGGUUUUGCGGUGUUCCUGGUCCACCUGGCCACCAUCCCCAUCACCGGUACUGGCAUCAACCCAGCCAGGAGCCUUGGCGCUGCCAUCAUCUACAACAAGGACCAUGCCUGGAAUGACCAUUGGAUCUUCUGGGUUGGUCCCUUCGUUGGCGCUGCCCUGGCUGCCAUCUACCACCAGGUGAUCAUCAGGGCGAUCCCAUUCAAGAGCAGGUCUUAAGCCCCGCGCCGCCGCUGCGCAGCCGACGACAUGCAACGCAAUCGUGAUGUCCUGUUUCCCGCGCGCUACUGCUGCGCAUCUGUCGAUUCCCUCUAUCUCUAGUCCCCAAGAUGUUUUUCCUAUCUGAACCCUGAACAACUCAAUCGUGUAAUCCAGUACUCAGUCACUGUAUGUUUUUAUGUGAUGGAGAUCUUAAUUCUUAAGUUAUCAUCUCUGUUGCUGGAAA